AGGAGCCGCACCUAGGUUCCCUUCCUUCUUUUCUAACGUAUUUGUUUAUAAUCAUAUCAUCCCCGACUAGAAGAUAUAUAACUAAUAUAUAGUACAGUACAGAGCGUAUACAUAAUCGUGGUCAGUAGUAAACAACACGACUCAUGAACCCGCCCCUAAAAGUGAAAAUGGAGUAGAACAGCGCAAACUAUAAGAGCUUCAACUCCACAGUUUCUCAUCACCGUUCCUACAACCCUCAACGACAUCUCUUUAAUCUGUCCAUGUCCUGUUUGGUUGGCAGAUGGCCGUGCCCAACCCGUAUCCGCGAUGGAUGAUACUCUCUUCGACCCUCAGAACCAGACAUUCUUCAUCGUCGGUAGUUCCAACAUCAACGCCAGCGACCCGUCUCCUUCGAUCGCCAUUUCUCUACCCGUCAUCGAUGCGCAGCGCGUCCGUCUUGCUAGCACGUCUAUCAACUAUGGCGUACAGCUUGGCCUCUGCUUUUUAUCCUUGCUAACGUCACUCCUACUUCUUCCUACCACCAAACUCCGCCGUCCCGUGCACUUGUCGCAGGUCCUAUGUCUGGUCGUCUCUGUUACCCGGCUCACCUUACUGGUGCUGUACUUCCCCGGCCCGCUGACCGAGUACUACGUGGCCUGGACCCGUGAUGCCUCCGGUUUACCGCCUGAGGCGUAUAACAUGUCGACGGCUUCUAGCGCAUUAAGCGUGCUGCAGCUCGCUCUAGUUGAAGCGUCUCUCAUGCUCCAAAGCCGCGUCUUAGUCCGGACCUGGGGCGUGUACUCCCCGUCUCCGUCUCUCCGUUCUUCUAUCCCCGCUCCUAGCUCUUCAUCCAAUUCCAAGACCACCGCCCUAAUCGGCAAAUGCUGGUGGCGCCCUCCAGUCCUCUUCCUGGCUGUGACCCUGGCCGCAGCCGCCGUCGCGCUCAGAGCUGUCUGGGUAGCGCGCUACACGCAAGCUCUUAAGGGACAUACGCUCCCCGUGCCUCUCGACGACGUGGGCAAGGCCUCUACGGUGAUCAGCGCCAUGUCGGUGUUUUAUUUCUGCGGCGUCUUCUUUACGCAUCUAGCACUGCACCUCGCGGCCACGAGGCGUGUGCUCCGGGGCAAGGGACGCAAAUUGUCCAUCGCCCUGUCUUUGAAAGGGGGUGGAAGCAGCGGGAGGGGACUAAGCUCGCUUGAGAUUUUGGCCGUUGGGAAUGCUAUUCUUAUGAUGGCGUCUUGUCUCUUCGCCGGGCUCGACGUAGCAGCCGGACCAGGAAAUACACGCGUCCUGCCCUACGACGCCGGGUCCUGGGUACAAACUCUCGUAGCCGCCGGUCUACCGCUUAUCAGCAUCGCCGCCUUCUACCGGGGUUCCGAUUCACCUGGUUCAAGCUUCCGACGGUCAAACCGAGGGAGCAGAAGGAAUUUAAAUAGGGGAAAAGACCACCGCACAUCUUUCCAUUUUUUCGCCACCGGCAACGGCACCAUCUCUUUUGCUCUGCCCGCCUCUCUUUUCAGCCAGCACCCUCGCUCCCUUUCCAACACCGAUGACGACUCGGAAACUUUAGGUAGUAGUAUGCAUUGGAGUCCGAGGGUGCCUGCGGGCGGCGAGAACGUUGAUGACUUGGAGGCAGGAAAUGGAAUAAUAGGACCUGUGGAUUAUGAAGAGAUACAACAAGGAAGCGCGAGUGUCCAGGUACAGAAGGAUCCCGAGGUAAGGUCGGGAGCGUAGGCGGGCUGGAAAAAUAAUUUGAAUCCACAUGUAUAACACCAUCAAAGAUAGAUCUGCCGGAUUAGAGCAACAAGAAUAUCAUAGG